AUGACGCAGGCAGAGUUUGAUAAAGCAGCUGAAAAAGUUAACAACCUGAAGUCACCAUCAUCAGAUCAAGAAUUGCUGGAUCUCUAUGGCCAGUUUAAGCAAGUUACAGUUGGAGAUGUAAAUACAGAACGCCCUGGAACAUUUGAUUUAAAAGGCAAAGCGAAGUGGGACGCUUGGAAUAAAUUAAAAGGUGUGUCCAAAGAAGAUGCAAUCAAAGUAUAUAUAGCCAAAGUUAAUGAGCUGAAGGAGAAAUAUGGAAUGCAAUGAACUCCUGACUGAAUGGAAAUAUGCUUUACUAACAAUAUGGAUACUUAAAUCGUAUAGCACACAAUACUGCCAACAGUGCCAGACAUUUGCCACUUCUGAACAGCCGUGUAAAUUUUCUUCUAAUGGUUUA